AUGCUCGACUCGGCCAUCCCAGACCACCUGCGGGUGGAACGGGACAUGCCGGCGUCGACACCGCCAAACUACGCGCCCCCCUUUCCGGCGUACAGCUCUCGGUUCGGCAACGACGUCACGAACCUGGUCAUGGCCGUCAUCGGGGCGCAGUGCGCCGCCGCGGACGAUGAAAACGUCGACGCCGCCGUCGGCACCCUGGCUCGCUUUCUGGCCUCGGCCGUCGACGACGCCGACGCCAGGCCGACCUUGUCCGACUGGGCAGCCGUCGUGGACCGAAAGGGCUUCUACAACGUCGCCGUUGUCGCCUACUGGCGCAGCACCGACGCGUACGAAGGCUGGUCGACCGCGUCCGGCUUCCGGUCCUGGUGGGAAGGCCUCGACGCGGCGGCAUCGAAGCACGGAUGGUUCCUCGAGGUCUUCUUCCCGACCAUGGAUCGAAUCGAGACCGUCUUUUCCGACCAGCAGACGGCCGAGGGCGCGUCGCUCCUGCGACAAGGGGUGACGGGGCCGAUCCGGGAGCACGUGUACUGGGGGAGCAUGCGCGACCGGCUCGCCGUCGGCCAGACGCAGCGUCUCGAGGGCGAGAAGCGGAACGGUCGAGGCGGCGCGGCGGCGGCGGCGGCGGCGGCGGCGACGGGCGCGGCCCGAAUCCGUGUCGGCGGCAGGAGGAACCUCGCCGUGAUUCGUUCAGGGCAGGACUGGCUCGACACGUCGGCCGACGAGCGCGAGCUCUACCUGAGCACCAUGCAUCCCGUCCUCGUCAAGGGCAUGGACUUUCUCCGAGACGAGGGCGACGAGGUCGGCUGUCACAGCUGCCGCUUCAUGGACGUCAUCGACGGCCGGUCGAGGAAGGCGGACAAGGACAAGACGUUCGGCCUCGCCUACUUUUACGACCUCGGCUCGCUCGAGCGCUGGAGCAAGGAGCACGCCAGCCACCUCGCCAUCUUCGGCGGCUUCCUCCAGUACGCGGCGAAGCUGGGCGGCCACGUGACGCUGCGCCUGUUCCACGAGGUGCUGGUGCUGACGCCGGAGCAGCAGCUGUUCGAGUACGUCGCCUGCCACCCGGAUACGGGCAUGCUCGCGGCCGCGCGGCAGGGUGCGUGUGCGUGA